GCCCACUACUGAGUAACUUCUGGCAGUUACAUCACACCCAGGUGUCGUCACUAAAAUCGGCAUGCAGGAAGAUUGCAUAGUGCGCCCUCUCUUGAAAAGCCACGUUAUUUGAGUAUGUAUCAUUACUUACCUGAGAGCCGUGAUCAACGUCAGGCGGUACCACCAAGUUGAGUCUAAAGCUAGUGAGAUAAGCACCACAUAUGAUGCCUUUGACGGCAUUGUUGGUCCUUUGGAUCGAUCGAGGCCGGCAUCAAUCGACAAGCCGGGUCUCGGUACGGCUUGUUGACGAUGAGCAGUAUUCGCCACCCCUGACUUUGAAAUGGAAAACGGAGAUCAAUAACCCGGCAUCGCGAAUUUCGACGAUCGACGAAGGCGGUAAUAUAUUAUGUCCCUGCAGGUUUAUUGACGGCAUAAAGUGCGGAUUCUGUUCAAGCAUCAGGCAACAGGCUGGAAGUUGCGGGACCGAGGAAUUUUACAGUCAUUGUGGAGAUUUCUGCUAUUUUCCUCGUGAUAAUAACGGAGACUUGAUAGGUCUGGUGGGAGACGGGGGUAUAAGAAAGCAGUCAGACCUUGCACCUAUUUCGUGUAUGCGGACUCAGCAAGGACUCACCUAGGUUCAAACUCUUGCCCUGUUAACCGCGAGGACUGAACAUA